GAUCGCCAGAAACAAUCGCCAUUGAGAUCAUCGCUGGACGCCGCUAAAAAAGAUGAUUCGCAGACGAUUCCGUAUUUGCAGUCAGUGGGAGCGGGAAAGAAACAACUCAUCCCAACCGAUGAAACUGAGAAUUUGUAGAAAGCAUUAAAAGUUGAACUGAAUUAGUUUUGUUCUAGAAAAAAAGAAUUGGAAAAAAGCAGUGAUGCGAACCGGCUAAAGAUGAACAGAAUAAAAAAAAUUUAUUCUACCCAAAACAAGAAAAUUGUCUGAAAUUUUGAUGCAUUUAUGGAAGAUUUAAAAAUGCCGGAAGACUGGCAUUGCUCUUCACGGCUCAGUGUUGAAAUUAAUAGACAUUACUAUGUUUUCUUCGAUGCUGAUUUUCUAACACAAAUCCCGAAAGACGUGAGUUACAUGAAAAGUAGACUUAAGAUGGCAAAUCAAGUAUAAUUUUGGGAAAAUGGACUAGUCGAAAAGGUCGGGCACAAUCAGAAGGCAUUCAUCGAACCUUACAAAAGUCUGCGCCCGUGAGUGUACAUCUCCACCGUGCGCAACGAACCAAACGAAAAGGAACAUAAAUCCACAUCAGAAAACAAAACAACCAACAAAGAAAAGAAACAUUUUUUCCCCCAAAUAUAUUCUGAAAAAUCCAUUCUACCUGACUUCCCGUCUCUUACCAGCUCAAGAGAGAGAAGAUAAUUUUUUUUAUCCGAUUCCAAAACUUGUGGCGCAACCGGUUCCUCCACGUCCAAGUCUCCUGAUUGGCUGAGAGCACCCGGUAAUGGGGGAAGGUGUGACGAACCCUGUCAGGGGAGCGGCAUCAUCGAGUUCAGUACAUUCGACGGCAGAGGUGGUCAUAACGUCGCUGCUGAGCGCCGAACGAUUUGAGGAUUGCCUCCACUUGGUCGUCCUUGUCAGCUUGGCGUGUGUAUUUGCCGCGCAUUGGAUGAUCACGAAACGGAAAGACUGGUCCCGAACCACUACUGAAUUAACCCAUUCUCAAUCUGAGGAUACUCUUCCAGAACAUUCCUCGCGUUCUUGCUCAGUGGAAUCCAGUGGGGGUGUACUUGCCACCGGUUUGACCAGAAAAAGUGAACCACACCUACGCCGGUCAGAGAUCGUUUGUAAAACAGGCCGCACUGUGUCCUCGUUAGAUAACUUCUCCAACGGCGAGAGCACUUCUGAUUCACCAACUCUAAGCAUUUCAUCAGACGUUUCCGAAUUGGAUAUAUGUGCCCUUAGCGAGCCUUCCAAUACCAUGGAUACUUCAGGUGAUGUGCCUCAACAGCCGGAUUCUUUUUUCACUUGGGAUAGUGGCGGUAGCAGUGGCGAAUACUCUUUCGUUCAUACUGCAGUUGAACUUCCCAAAUACCCUGAUGGUGCUAUAACAGAGGAAGAGAAACAAAUGCUUUUACUUUACAUGCAGACGGGUCAUCCAGAGCUUUUGCUGAGUUCUUCCCAGGUUGGUCCAGUCCAAAGUGCAUCGGACAAUCUAAUAUGUGAUCCAGCUGCAGUGGCUAGAGGGUUUCUGGAAACCAUUGUAGAAGAAACUUCUGAUGAUUUGAGAAGUCCCAGUGAAUGCGACGAAGCUUCAGUUGGAUGGGGUUCUUGGGAUGAAUCCGAUGAUGAAGACAGGUUGACAGUCGUGGAGAUGGUGACAUCGGCAAAUCAUCGUUCGGAAGUGUCGCCUGGACCUGUGUAUACAUCCGCUGAUAUGUCAAAUCAAAAAGGAGGGUUCAGUGAUCAAUUAUCUAGUGUGAGUUCGAAUUCUGACCAACUUCUAUCGCUCGGUACUAUUGAGGACCUUCUACCAAAUUGUGACAUUUCUACUGAUCAUCGUAAAGAUGACAAUAACACGGAUAUAUCAUUCUUUGAAACAAGUAAUUACCAUUCAACUAAUAACGGUGGUGUUAAUGAUAUGGAUAACGUAACGUCACAGCAGUGCGAUGAUGUGUUUCAAGAAAUAAACAGUGAAGGAAUUCCAGGUAAUAUGAAUGCAACCCGUCAACUAGGGGUAAGUCCUGAUUUAGAUUCUUUAAUUGAAUCAAAUGUCAAUAGUUCUUUUGAUACGCUAUGGAUAACAGCAAAUGGUCUAGAAAGUCCUUCAGAGACAUUAAAUCCUUGGAUAGUUAAUAGAUUUUUAGACCCCAAAGAUCAUUCUUUAUCUGAUCAAAAUAAUUUAGAUUUUACUGUUAAUAGACAAACUGCAAAAUGUGAAGAAUCUUUGUUGUUUCUUGAAUCUGAUGAUAUAUGCCUCGUCCCAUCAUCUCAAAAUACUAAAGAAACCGAAUCAGAGACUCUAAUGUUUAGUGACAAUUUUAAAGAUUACUUUUUACCUUCUGAAAAUUAUGUACCGGGAUUUAGUAAAGAUGAUCUUAUUGAUCCAAAUGAAAUGCCUAGUGAGUGUUUACCGACUGAUUCGCCCCAAAAGAAAGGCAUGCGCUGUUUCAGAAUUGGCUUCGAGGCCGCUCCAACAGAGCAAUUCUCUGUUUCCCACUUAGAUCAAUCUAUGAUUUGUGAGGACACUGACCAAAAACCAUGCCUUGAUUACAGUGAUUCAGAUUCAGAAGCGUCUAAAACUAAGCGCGAAUUGCAAGAUACUAUGUUUUCUCCCGUCGAGGGAGACAUAGUUUACGGUUCCAGCUGGGUGAGCAGCCGACCGCUGAAAGAACCGGAAAAGAUUUCAUCGGGAGCGGAAGUUCAUUGCUCAACAGCGCAAACAGAAGUCCGACAGAGUCCCACAAUGCAAUCAGAGUCCCUUUCCCCGGACAAUAACCGUAGGUCACCCGAACUAUGCGCCAGCGACGACGACACACCAGUAGUCCCAAAUUCUCUCAGCAGAUGGCGGCACCACACAGACUUAAUGCAUCUACAAGAAGCGACGAGUCCAAUCGCUAGAUGGCAGCACGAGUCAGAUUUACAGAAUACUGCUUCCAAAUGUAAACAAACAUAUUCUUCGGACGAAAGCGACGAUGGACUUCCGCCUCAACUGAAGGAAAUAUACAGUUCUUUUAAAAUGAAAGAUAAUAAAAUGGGUCGCAUCAGAAUUAAAGAGGACAAAAAUAAUAAUUUUAAAAGAUUAGGCUUGUGGGAUAAUGAAUCAAAAGUGACACUUCCACCUUUCAAUUUAAUAAAUAAUGACGCAGAAAAAAUCGCUCCGAAACAAAAAGAGCAAAGUUCUUCUCGUGAAGACUUAGAUGAUUUAGAUAUUGACAUGUUCACUGUCGCCAAAUCAAGUAGUGGUUCGAAAUUGGCGGAUAAAGGUGACUCGGAUGUUGAUGAUGCAUUAAGAAGUUUUAAUCAUCUCGAUGAUUACACUUCAGAUGAAAAUAGCGAAAAUGAAAAUAACUAUCCAGUCAACGUCAGGGACAAAUUAGAAAAUGUCGAAUCGGAACCAAUUUCAAUUGAUGAGGACUUAAAAAAUACAAACUUAGAAAUUAUUCCUUCGGAAAAAAAUCACUCAAGCCUUGAGAACCCUUGCUCGGAUAACUCAGAUAAUUGUCCUUUAUGCACAGAUCCCAGUUUUAAGAAAUCACAUAUCAAUGAUUUGUUUUCUUUGAAAACCAGUGAGAAUGCAGAAAAUGACGUUCAGUCACUUCUGCAGAAGACAUAUCCAAAAAUGGUGCGACUGUCCCAGUCCAAUCUAAGCGAUCCAGAAAUUCACGAGCUAACCACAGAACCAAACAAAGCAGCUGAUUCAGUAUCUACCCUUACAUCUUCAGAUAGCGAUGAGGGUAACAGAAAAGUAAAAGAGAUUAAGAAAAGAAUAAAAAAACGACCGAAAGAAAGCGCAAACGCUGAGCUUAAGCAUGAUGACUCAGGUUACGUUGAGGAUGACGAAGACGACGACGAGGAAGAUAGCCUGGGGGAGAAAAAAGAUAUGUCUAUUUGUUCAUCGAACCCAGACAUAACUCGAAAGUCUCUUUCUACCGCCUUCUAUGAAUCGAAACUCUUAAAAUCAGAGAGUAACAAUGAAGAAUCCAGCAGUUAUUCGAUCCCAGAAACCUUUCAGGAAUUUUCCAAACAAUUGCAACAGUCGAUGAACACCGAUGAAAUGAAGGCGGAAUUUCUUGAAGCAGAAAAAUGGAAUAUUCCAGAAAAUUUGUCACAAUUUUCAGCAUGGCUUCUGGAUAAGGAAUUAAUGAAAAUUAGUAACAGAGAAGAAAUGGAGAAGCUGUUUGUAGAUGAUAUUAUGAGUCUUCGCGAACAAACUAUAGCCAAAUUUUUGAAAAAUUCAUAUUCAGCCGAUGAUGCAAUUAAUUUAAAAUCUUCAGAUACGAAAGGAAUCGAAGCAUGCGUUGAAAAAGAGAAUGCAAUUUCUCCCGAUGAUGUGUUUAAUUCAGUUCAAUCUCUGCCGAAUAAAAAUACUGAAUUAAAUGAGCAGAAUCCGGAAUCGAAUAAAAAUAAUACAACUUUAAAGUCAGAAUAUUCAGAUUUACCAGAAUGGGAUUUUAAUAUUGAAACGCCAACUAAUUUCGAAUCUUCAACGGACGGAAACGAUAAUCAAGAUAAAAUUUUAGACGUAAGUUUAUGCUGUGAGACCAAAAAUUCAGAAACUCAUAUUGACAGUCAAGCUAGUGACGAUAGUUCCUCGUCAUUUAAAAAUAAAACCGAUUCUGAUAACGAAUUAUCGGAAGAAUAUUAUAACUAUAAUUUCAACAAAAAAGUUAAUAAUGUUUUCGGUGAAUAUAAUCUCGAUCAAAUGAUCGGCACUUCUAAAAAUUCUCCUGGACAGUUUAUUUCCAGUACGAUAGAAAAGAACAUCGAAUUCCCCCAAACAACUAUCGAAUCCGAAGCGGAAAUUGCGACCAUUCAACAACCCCCUGAAUUGGUUGCCCAACAAAUCAAUAUAUCUGAUACGGAAGCCACGGUAUUGGGAGAACUUGGCACAACAUGUUACAAUAAUUACAAACCUGACAGUACCGAUAAUGAAUGCAAUAACUCAGCUGAUGCUGAAACUGACAACUCUGAAGCAAAACCACUGACGGAUAACGCGGAGUUAUUGUCUUCCCUUCAACCAGAGGCGUCAAUCAUAUAUCACCCUUCCGCUUCAGAAGAUACGACAAAAAUACUAUCCAAGGUCAACGAUACUACCAUUCAGCUGCAGCCAGUGACUGAAAACGAAGAAAAGGCGUUACCCGAAUUAAUUUCCUCAGAUUGUCCUGAGGUAAUGCCAUCUGCCGGGUCAAUACCUAAUCAAAACAUCACUUCGGAACUGGAAUGCGGUAACAAUGUGGCGCCAUCUACUGAAGAAAGUAGUAACAACCUUGACGGAAGUAGAGAAUUGGCGGGCGCCGAUUUUGACCUAAUGACACAGGGAGUAGUAGUAAGCGGGGAAAAGGGUGCGUUCGAAGGUUGUGCGGAGAAAGAAGCAGAUGAUAUCAGUUCGCUCGAGGCAUUAGUUGUCAGUCGAGAGUCGGAUCGUGAAACGCACGUGCAAGAAAAUACUUGUCACGCCCACCGCCAAGAUGGUACGGCGCCUCUGAUUUUGGAUAAUUCUGACAGUUUCCACGUUUGCGGUGUGCUAGAUUCUUGCUUGGUAAACAUAGACAAUAGUGAUUUGAAUUCUGAUAGUGUUAUUGGAGAUAGCGUCCGAAUCAGUGAUAACGUAAACAUUGUGAGCGAGGGAGAGGAAUGUUGUGUACCUGAAGGCGUUGCGUCAGUGCCUGAAGAACGCAGUCAUCAAGCCAGUGCUGCUGAAUUUACGACUUUCAAUUGUUUUGCUGCUGCUGCUGACAUAAAAGAUUGUGUCACUGCCGCAAAAGAAAUUACGAUUGACGUAGGCGAUUGUUCAUUCGAAGCUGUUCAUUCAGAAGUAGAAGAGGUAAGUGGACAGUGCUCUUCUGAUGAUUCAAAAAUUUUGAUCAGUGAUGUGACAUGUUCUGAACUUAUCAUUAAUGAUAUCCCGGGAAAUAAUGACUUAUCUGAAAUUAAUUAUGGUUCUGUAUUAAACGAUGAAUUAAUUAUUAGUGAAGAUAUCAAUCAUUUAGAGAAUGUAGACAAUUCGCCUUCUGUGGAAAUUAGUGAUAAUCGAAUUGAAUCUAAUAAGCCAGACGUUGUUUCUUGUUGUGAAAAGGUUAUUUCUAGUGGACCGUCUAGUCCUGAAAUUCCCAUUUAUAGAAUUGAAUACAAACGAAGCAAUUCUCUUGGUCGUGAACCAGAAGAACAUUUUGAACCUAUCAGUUCACAAUCUAAAAGCACUCCAGAUCUCAGGCGGUGCCACGAGCAACAGCUUCGCUCCACCCAACCUCUUUCAGCCCUCCUUAGCAAGAGCGUCAGCCAACGUAUCCAAGAUUAUCUUGGAUCCAGCUCAAGGGGCGAUCGACUCCUUAGAUCUCUGCCUCCUAACGAAAGAUCACGACACUAUCGUCGCAUUUGCGUCAGCACGGAGACGGUUGUUGAAAGAGCUGCCCGUUUUGAAGCCAGGAGCCAGAGCAGCAGACCUCCUCCAAGGGACGAAUCACCAUUUAAGAUCAGAUCUGGAUCUUGUCCUCCCUCCAGCAUGAAGAACAAUACAUCUUGGAUAUCUGAAAGGAACUACAGCAAGCCAACUGCCACUGUUAGACCGACUAUUGAUACAUACAGAAAUGGAAUCCACAAAUUAUCCAAUGGAGAUGCAUUCCAUAGGAAUAUCUUUUUAGAUCAGAUAGCUGGAUAUUCCAAAUCGAAACACAAGAAUGGAGAGACCGAACAGAUGCUAUCUAAUGGUCAGACUGACCCAACUAAGAAAGAAGAUUUCAUGGAACUCAUUACUGGAUAUACUAAGGCGACAAAGGUCACUCACAAACCCCCUGUCGCCCCAUCCAGCAACCACUCCUCAAUGAAAACGGCACGACUCAAAGGCAAAUUGGCCACUGCACGCAAACAGUUUUUUGAAAGAAUCAGUAGCAAUCAGGAGCUGUCUAUCAGCACCGACAGCAUCCAGAAGGAUCAGUCGGAUGACGAGGAUCCUUCCACGUGUGGCCUGAGUCGCUUCAAUGAGUUCAGGCGCUCUGCCAGGGCGGAGCGUGCUCGCCUCGCCGCCAGCCAUCCUGACCUAGGGGCGCUCGAGGCGGCCGUCCGGUCUUCGAAACGUCGGAUCGAUCAGCUGAAGAAGAGGAACAACAAAAAGUCGGAACCGCCCCACGAGCAGAUAGCCCCGAUGCCGUCCACGAAGGAGCAGCCGCUCCUGCCUUACCGGCGGUGCACGGGCGAGAUCGCCUGGGCCUCGUGCGCCCAGCGCGUCCGCGAGGCGGCCGAGCGUCGAAAGCAGCUGCAGCAGCUGGAGAUCGUGGACCAGCGCGAUUUUCCAGAAGAGGCGGCGUUGCGCGCGCACAGCAGCGCGGCGGAGGAGGACGACGAGAGCACGCACUCGGCCAUUGCUGGAGGGGCCCUCGAGUUCCUGGGCAGCCGGGCCCGAAGCAUGGACUUUCUGCUGGACGCCGACAAUCGGGAGAGGGCCCUGCCCCCUGAAAAUCGUCUGGCGACGAGUGGUGGGGGGGCCCGGGUCAAGUCCGAGCACGAGCUGAGGAUAGAGAGGUCCCUGCAGAACCUGACCAUUCCUGACUGGUACAAGCAGUCCGCAUGGAGCAAGAAGCCGAAGGAGGGAUUCAUCCUGAGAAGGGGCAGCGAAGGUUCUGCCGGCGAAUCCCGGAAACGGUGGCAGGGCUUCAGUUCCUCGCGCACUCCUUCCGCGACCAGCCUGACGACGACCCCAACAUCUUACUCUCAGCGCAACAUCGUAGUUCCAAAGAGGGUCACCCCGACAUCCGACUGGCGGUCACUAGUCUCGUCGAGGGAGAGCCUCACCCCUGCAUCUCCUGCUUCCUUAAGCCCUCGAGAGGGCACCUUUCACUACACCCUCAGCACCUCUUCACUCUCCAGAUGGAGUAGUUCUAGGUUAAGCACCAGCAGUGCACCGUUGACAGCCUUAAGUGUGCACCGCUCGUUCAGACAACCUUACCUCGGUUGGAGGGCGGCGGCCGCCUCUAGUAGCGGAGGUGCCUCGAGAUCCAGCCCCGGCAUCAGCCCCGUCAACGCGACCACUCCGUUGCAGGGCAGCAGGCCGGGUUCCCCAAGGAGGGGCUCUCAAGAACACCCCUUUGUCUAUGGUCUGCAACAAAACCAGAUCACAAGUGCGGCCACUCUCCGACCGGAUGGAAGCGAAUCGGCUGACACCAGCCGUAUCUCUCCCCUCGCCCUCAACACCACCAACGUCUUCUUCAACAGUAACGUCGAAGGGCCCGACACCUUCGACACUGCCCCCUCUAACAGAUUCGCCACCGCAGAGAUGCGACGCGACAGGUACUCGUACACCCAAUCUUUGUACAGCGGAACUGUGAUAGUGUCCCCGGGAACAACCGACGAUGACAGGAGGAACUACAAUCUGGACCAGAUCAUCGACGAGAACGGUGCCACCGCCGACGAGAGGUUUGGGACCGCCAGGUCGCCCCAACCUCCUCCGAGGAUAUGGAUGGAAUCUUCUUUCGUCGGAACCAAAAAGGACGGUUCGGAACCCAUCCCGAACACCAGGUCCAUCAGGAUCGUUCCCAGUGACAGUGCGCGCGUUGGGGGCGACCGGUUUGGGGCUUCCACGACCGGCACGAGAGGUGGCACCUGCGCGACGCAAACGGCAAUGGGUGAGUACGUCUUGAGGGACUUUCGUAGAUUUGGAAUCACUCUGUGAGUGAUUGCCCUAAUCGUGUGAAUGUUUGUGUCUUUUGAAAGUGAUCGUGACUGCCUUCUUUUAAAGCUGGUUGCGCUGAACUGUAUAUAGGUGCAAAAGUGGUUGUAAAAACUGUAGGAAAGGCGAGACCACCGCAAUGGACCUACUGGUCAGUUACGGACAGUGAAGUUUCUAAACAAGAGUAUGGUAACUUAUACCUGUAAUGGUAAUCAAUCCAUUUUCUACUUACUGACGAGAUAGUAAGUUCGUAGUAAGAGUGUUAACCAAAUCUACCAGGUGUGAGAUAUCUCGUAGCUGGUAGUUUUGGACUCAAGGCUAAACGCUCUGAAUUUUACUGGGAUUGAAAGUGUUACGAUUAACGACUUUUUAAAUGAUCUGUUUCUGGCAACUUCACUGUCCGGUAAUUGAUAGUUUACCCAUUAUUUCUUGACGACGAAAACUGUUUCAGAUUUACUGGAGAUUUUAUUGUUAGCGGCCUCGUUGAAUACUUCUAUAAGCAAAACGGAAGUGCAAUAUUGAAUUGUGAGAAAUUUUAAUCUUAGACUCCUAAUUGUUAUUUAAAUUGACCCGUUUGACUAAAUAAGACCAUUUGCUUUAGUUUACAGACAAAAGCAUAACUGCACUAUUGUUUGGAGAAAAAAAAUGACACUUGCCUUAAGAUGCAUGUCUGCUCUCUAUUUUUUUUUUAUCGUAUUUGUAUGAUUUUAUAUGUUCAUGUUCACGUUGUUCCCACUCAUACAAUUUCUUAUGUCACGGAAAUGGUCAUUUAUGUCAUGAAUCUAACAAAAUAUAACCAGACUAAAUAACCUAAAUAAUUUCGAUCAUCACUUUUUUUUUCUAUUAUUACCUCAUUUUCAAUGUUGAUUUUGAGUGUCAAUGGAAAUUUACAUUGAAUCACCCAUCAUUGUCAGCCUGCUUGAAAACGAAAUGGAUUCUCGGCCGCCUAAAGUAGAGUUAGGCUUAGGCUUGAGCAAUUAAAAAAAAUAAAAGAUGCAUGAGGAUUUUUCUUGGUUUUAGUUUAGAAGAGAAUACAUGAAAAAUGAGGAUAAAAACACUUGUUUAAUUUUCUUUUCCUUUUCCCUAAUUAACCUGUGUGACACCAAUUCUAGUUGAGGUACUAGAAUCGGUGUCUUCUUUAGGGGUGGCUGAUGGUACCACUUUUUCAGAACUUCGCCCAUCCAUCUUUUGCUCUUUCAUUACAUAUUAACUAAAAAAAUGCAUACAUUUAUUGGUAACAAUAUAUUUAAUGUUUAUUUCUAUAAAUUUAAGUUAUUAUUCUUUGAACAUUCGCAUUUUCUUUCUUCCAUGUGACAUAAUUCUAACUAAAAAAAAAAGAAAGAAAAAACUUCUUUUGUCACCUAAAUUAUAACGUUAUUUGAAGAAAGCAAUGACUUUCUUUUCUGUCUUUCAACGAAUCAUUUCCACAUUAGCACAGAAAAAAUAUGUUCUAUUAUGCCUUGCUUUAAAUCAUGCAUUUUACGUACAAAGCAAAAGUUCAACUGAAAGAUUGUAUUCCCAAGAUCAUUUAAAAACGUUCUUUCUUCUAAGAAUGUAUUUGUUGGAAUCUAAAAUGAAUCUUGAAAAGUUAUUAACCUCUUUUAUGAAAACAGCACUGCAAAGAAGAAAAAAAAGUUACAGUUUUAUUAUCCUGUCAUUUAUCUACAGCCUUUCUAAAUUACUUAUUCUGAAAACAAUGGCUCAUAAACCCGAACUAUUUCACGUAUUGAAGCAGUGUUACAAAUUCUUACGAAAUAUAUUGUCUUAUUAAUAAAUAUUUUUCUAUUUAUUGUUAAAAUUCCCUAUUUCUUUGCUGUAGACUAUGCUGUGAUUUAGUAAGCGACUUAGUUUCAUUUCAACCAGAUUUGAUUUUAAUGACUUUUUACACUCAUCUGUCGCAGUUUGAGUUUUAUUCUGUUAAAUGUCCCAUUUUUAUUAUUUAAAAAAUGGAAAAUGCUUCUGCGAUAAUUAUGAUAUAAAGAUAUAAAGAUGUGAUAAUAAUAAUUAUUUUAAAUACAAUUUUUAUUUGUCACGAAAUAUGAUUGCAUUUAUUAAAGAUUCUGUUUUUGGCAUUUUUUUUAAUGAAACUUUUCUCCCUAUAACUUGAAGCAAUUUUAAUUUGGUUUGGUCAUAUGGUUUAGCAAAAUUUAGAAAUGUUCUGUAAUAUUUUUAGAAACUGUCCCAUUAUUUGAAAUUUAUGUUAGUCCUAUAACAUCAUAUUUUUCAUUACUAUAUACUGUACAACGAAAUUCGUCAAUCAGGGAUUAAAAUAAAUUUCUGCAAAGUUAUUUUUUAAAAUUAUUUUUGACCCUUCUUGUUUUACAAAAGCACAAUAUUUAAAUUCGACAUAAUAAUUUUAAACAUGUUUAUGUAAAUAAAAUGGAGAUAUUAUCGAAAAUGCUUUCAAAUUUGAGAACGAAUAGCAUUGUUUUAGAGUUUUUAUUAUUGUAUUUCACUAUUCAUCUUUAGAGGAUAUAAAUUAUAAUUUUUUGUGACAUAAAUGACCAUUUGGAACAGAUCUCGCAAUUUUCCAUUCCAGUACAUCUGUAAAUAAGCAUGCCGUAUGUAGCUGGGAACUAUUAUUUCCAUUGUUCAUUUCUGCAUUAUUUUCAUUGUCUUUUGUUCCUAUUGCAGAUUAAAUAUAUAUUUUAUAAGGGUAAUAUAAUUUUUGUUUUCAUUAGGAAAAAAAUUGAUUUUCUUUUAUUGAAAAUAAAAGCUUUAUAUUUUAA